AGGCGCGAGUCUCGCUCGGUGUUACGCAGCUAAAGUAGAAUAUUUUCAAAAAAGAACUCAAUAUGAGAUCGUUGUUGGUGCUGGCUCUGUGCCUGGGUGUGGUCUGUGCAGAUUUUCAGAACAGACACAAGCGGGACGAUUUCCACAGUCGCCACUUCAAUGCGCAUCAGCAAGCAAUUGAAACGGCCCGCAGGAACGCCUAUGGCUCGAGUGGUUACGGCUCCUCUGGCAGUGGAUCGGGUAGCUUUGGGGUAGGCGGCAGUGCGGAUCUGGCUGUUGGUGGUGCCUCAUUGGGCAACUUGGAGAGCUCCUACGACUCGGUGGGUGCCGUUGAGGGCACGGAGAGCACUGGCAGCAGCGUGGCCGGCGGUGCUGCCUUUGGAGCCAACAAUGCGGCCUCGUUCGGAGCACAGAACGCUGCGUCUUUCGGAUCAAACAGCGCCUUCGCCUCGAACUCCGCCUUCCAGGCCAGCCACAGCGCCAACUUUAACAGCGCCAGCGCACAUAAUGUGGGCAGCAAUGUCGAGUUUGCCGACGCCAAUAAUGCCGGCACUGAGGUCAACUUUGGCGGUGCUGGAUCUACCAAUUCCGAGUCGCUGCUCUCCAGCAAUCUGCAGGCGCCCUUGGCUCUGACUGCACCGGUUGCCACUGGCGGAAAUGUCGAGUACUUGCAUCACGAGAGGGUUGUGUCCAGCGCACCACAGCAGGUUGUCUACACUGUGCCCGGUGGCUCGCAAAAGUAUGUGCAGCAUGUGGAGCGAGUUGUGGAACAGAAGCCCACGGUGCAGUAUGUUCAGGUUCCUCAGCCUUCCGGCACCUCUGAGCAUUACUAUCAGCGCAAGGUGACGACUACCGCGUCUGCACCACAGAUCAUUCAGCAACCCUCGGCUAGCUUCACCUACGGCUCCAACACGGGCUCCAGCUUCGGCACCAACUCUGCCUUCAAGGUCAACCAGAACGUUGGCUUUGGCAGCAACUUUGGCCACCGCUCGGGUUCCCUGUUGACUGCCGGUCAAACAGGCGGCCUCAGCUUUGGCGGCGGCAGCUCCCAGCUCCAUCAGCUCAUCAACCAGGCCCAUCAGACAGCCAAGCAGCAAGCAGCUACUGGCAGCUCCCUCAGCAGCGGCGCCGGCCUGGCUAGCGCCAACCAGGUUCAACUGGGCGGCUCAAAUGCAUUCAACUCCAAUUACGGCUUCAACUCAGCUAGUUCCCUGAACUCUGCCAGCUCCCUGAACGCAGCCAGCUCCCUGAACUCGGCAAGCUCCUUGAACGCUGCUAACAGCGGCUCCCUCCUGAGUGGCUCGCUGCUGGGCGGUAGUCAAGGCUCGCUCCUGAGUGGCUCCCUCUUGGGUGGCUCCUCCAGCAACAGUCAGCUAAAUGCCCAGAAUAACUUGGGCUUGGGCUUGUCGACGGGUCUGACCAGCGGUCAGCAGCUGUCGGGCGCCGGCAACUUUGGCGCUGGCGGAGGUAUUGGUGGCAACAGUGGCUACCAAACCAAGCAGUGGGAGAAGCAAUCCAAGUGGUCUUCCCAAUCUGAGUUUGACUCUGACGGACAUGUUAAGAACUACAAGGAUCUGGCCACUGGCGAGAGCGAGAACUACAAUGUGAAUGGCAAGCAGUUCGGCUACAAUGCGGCCACCGCCUCCGUCGAUGACAAUGGCAAGGUGAGCACCUACAGCGUGCACUCGUAAGAUGUGACUCCCAACAUUCCCUCUCACCCACACUAAGAAUAGUAGUAUCGAAUGCGAAAAAUAAUAAAAAGAAUUAUUAA